AUGGCAAAACGGACGAGACUAAAAUCAGAGACACGGGAGCUUCGGGCAUGUGUAGAGUGCCGGAGACGAAAGAGUAAGUGUACUACCAAGUGUUCUGGAACCGCCCCAUGCUCUUACUGCUCGAGGACUAGAAAACGAUGUCGCUUCGAGAGUGUACCAUCUCGGACACCGUUGACUCGCAAGAACCUUGAAGAGAAGGAGCAGCUCUGUGAGAAUUUGAUGACCCUUGUCCAGACUUUGGAUCCCAACAUCGACAUCGAAGAAGCAUUGAAAUCAUUGGCAGGGGCUGGACAGGGGCAUGAUAAUAAUGAGACAGACCACAACAGCUUGCUAGGUGUAAGCCUUGAUGCGAAAAGUCCCACCCCAUUAGAGAACUUUGAAUGGAACGAGGGUCCAAUGACCUCGUCUCAUCCGCCAAACAAGUCUCUCGAUGGAAUGGCAUCACUGCCAACCGAAGGGCCAGGAUCCGGUUACUUAGGAAACUCAUCUGGGUCAUGUAUACUGGAAACCAUCUCAGAUUUACUACCCGAGCAUCCUGCUCCUUUGGUUAUUCGAAGAGGACAACACCCUGCAAUCUCGACCAAAUUAGCGAGUCCGCACAUUCUGAGGGAACUUGAUAACUCCAUCCUCACGGACUCUCUAUUUGACGCCUAUUUCGGGUGGUAUAACAAAUCAUUUCCAGUUCUACAUGAAAAGACGUUCAGAGAGAAGUACCAGAACCGCCAUCAUACUCCACCUCACUCCACAUGGCACUUGAUUUUCUAUAUCGUUCUGGCAAUCGGUGACUGGGUGAUAUCCGGUGGCUCCAAAGUAGAGGAGUCCAGAUAUUACAUGGCUGCACGAUCGCGUAUGUCAAUAGGUCUGCUGGAGUCUGGUGCACUUCUCACAGUUCAAGCGUUCCUCUUGAUGGGGAAUUUUCUCCAAAAGCGGGAUCGACCAAAUACCGGAUACAACUUCAUUGGAAUAGCAUAUCGAAUGGCUCUUGGACUGGGCCUCCAUCGUGAACCAAUGAGGGAAUCGACGCACGACACCUUGAUUAGCGAAAGAAGAAGAGUAGUGUGGUGGAUUGUUUACUCAUUUGACAGCGGAUUCAGUCUGACUACAGGAAGGCCCCUGAUGUCGUCGGACUGUUUCAUCGAAACCCAACUCCCUCGCAAUAUCGAAGACUCGACUUACCCAUUAGAUUCCAUAGUCCCACUCCCCAUCGACAAACCGACUACUUACUCCGCGAUAAUAGCACAGGCUCGAUUAUCACGCAUCGGAAACACCGUAUUUUGUAACGUGAUAGCAGGUCUAAAGAAGGACCUGGAUAUGAAGACCCCACGAUCACUCGAUCAUCAGCUCAAGGCCUGGAGACUCUCACUGCCGCUUUACUUUACGGCCCACGAUGUCCCAACAUGGUUCCGCGGACCUCGAGCAAUAGUCAGCUGGAAGGAACAAAACCUGCGAAUGAUGCUAUGGUGGGGAACUCAGCGUAUAUGCGGUUCUCCGUCAGACAGCGAAGAAGCCCGAAACAUGUGCCACUAUGCCGCCGUAGAGUGUAUCCAGAAUAUCACUACCUUCUGUGUUGACUAUUCGGAUACGCUACAUUUCGGCCUAUGCUGGUACGCGACAUACUUCCUCUUCCAGGCAUCCGUCGUUCUCAGCAUCUAUCAUCUCCGACCAAAGGAGCCGUUGGAUAGAAGCUUGGCGGCGGCAAAUCACGAGCUCUGGAUAUCUUCCAUAGAGAGAUCGCGUGACUGCCUCGCUAAUUUGAGCCAGAAGAAUCAAGCUGCAGCGCGGUGCUUGGAAGUACUUGACCGGAUUAUGUAUCAGUCACAAGCUAGCCCUACUGCAGUGGGGGAGCCUUCCUCGACAAGUGUCCCGGGCACGGCACAAUUACCAAUGGAGUAUAAUAGCACGGGCACGCGUCUCGAUACACUUGCUGUUGACCCUUCCCUUCAGAUGCUCUUUGAUGCGACGUCAUUUGAUAUGGAUAUCUUUGAAGGACUCGAGGGGUUUCCGAAUACGAACGAAGUUGAAUCGUUUGAUUAUAUUUCAGGAGCUGCACUGGUCGCUGAGAAUGCAGAGGACUGGCAAAUGUGA